AUGGUAAAUGGUCCAGGUUCUAUCAUGCGGACGUGCAUCGUGAGUCGUCUACUGCACGCGAGUGCUGCAGGCCACACGCCGCUGAAGGGAAAAAUCGCCGCCGCCGCCGCCGUAGUCGCAGCUGCCGCGUCGUCGCAGCAGCAGCCGGCGGUCGCCCAGCCCCUUGCCGGCCGCGUGGCCAUCGUGACCGGCGCGUCGCGCGGCAUCGGGCGCGCCAUCGCCCACCUCUCCGCCCUCGGCGCCAGCGUCGUCGUCGGGUACGCCUCCAGCGCCGCGGAGGCCGACGCGCUCGCCGCGGAGCUGCCCCGCGCCGUGGCGGUGAAGGCCGACGUGGCCGACGAGGCUGGCGUCCGGUCCCUCUUCGACGCCGCCGCGUCCGCCUUCGGCGCCGGGGCGCCGCACAUCGUGGUGGCCAACGCCGCGGUGCUCGACGACAAGUACCCCUCCCUGGCGAACAUGCCCGCGGCGGAUUUCGACCGCACCUUCGCCGUGAACACGCGCGGCGCGUUCCUGUGCCUCCGCGAGGCGGCGAACCGGCUGCCCCGCGGCGGCGGCGGCGGCGGCCGCAUCGUGGCCAUCACCUCGUCGGUGGUCGCGUCACUGCCGACUGGCUACUCCGCGUACACGGCGUCGAAGGCGGCGGUGGAGGCGAUGGUGCGGACGAUGGCGAAGGAGCUCAAGGGCACGCGCAUAACUGCCAACUGCGUCGCUCCGGGGGCCACGGCGACGGACAUGUUCUUCUCCGGGAAGAGCGAGGAGAGGGUCGAAUCGGCCAAGGCCACGAACCCGAUGGAGCGGCUCGGUGAGGUCGGCGACAUCGCGCCGGUGGUCGGCUUCCUGUGCACCGACGCCGCCGAGUGGGUGAACGGCCAGGUCAUUAGGGUGAACGGCGGUUCCGUGUGACACCCUCACGGUCCGUAGAAGAGUAGAACCUAAUGCCUCCUCCGUUCCAAAUUAUAUGAGUUUUUGACUUUCUAUAAAUAUUUAACUACUCGUCUUAUUUAAAAUUUAGUGUAAAUGUAAAAAU